GUAGGCCGCUAGCAUUAGCUAAGAUAGCUGAGGGUACCCAAACCAAGACCGUCUUUUGGGGAAUAAAACGCGUUGUCACUUAAAAUUGUUUGGAGACCAGCUGAUGAAAUGGAUGAAAGCCAUCGGGACUGGACUCCCUCAUUACAUCUCGGACACACGGAGGUGGAAACUGCAGAUAACAAGAGACUACAGGUAACAUUGUACGAGCAGGAAGUUUCUCCAACAAGAGGGGAGAACGAGCGACUACGAAAACAACUGGAGACUGUUUGCAAGCCUCAAGGUGUGCGACACACUGAAGGUAUGUUUAAAGGGUCCCUGACAUGAUUCGUCAAGUUUGCUUAAAUAUGUUAUAUAUUGUUUGUAAUUAUGUUAUACAUUUGUAGAUUUUUAAAGGUGAAUGGUAAAUUUGCAAAAAUUACAUUUAUAGUUAAUGGCGCCAGCCACGACGAAUUAGCUCGAGCAGUUCAGCCUCAUUUCAGAAAGUGAUGUCAUCGGGGUGACACCUCUCAGCUAAAGCAGAGUAAACAAAUGCUUCUCGAGGUAGACUGUCGACUUGGUUCAGUAUACUUUUCAUCAAAAUAGUAGUCAUGCCAAAACAUUGAGUUGCCGCUGGAUGUUCACAGCAUCUGAGUGAUACUGCAGUUUUUUUUCCCCAAAAGAGGAAGGUUUAAGACAACAAUGGACAAUCAAGUGCAGAGAACAAGAGACAGAUGGAGGCCCACCUCGAGUUCUGUUCUUCACAGGGAUCAUUUCAUUGACUGCUUUGAAGGAACCCCUUUACAAGGAGCAUUUGGCUUGAGAGUAUGAUAUUAACGCAUUUUGUAAAAGGAUGCUUCAAAAACAAGAAAAGAAGAAUGAUCACUAUGUCAAAGCUGCCACAGAACAGAUGCACAAUUCAGACAUCCAGCAGCUGACUGGUCAUCAAGGAGAAUGUCCCAUUCAACCACAGGGUGAGAGCUCCGCUUUAGAGCAGGAGCAGCCACAGCCCCUUCACAUUAAAGAAGAGGAGGAGCCAGAGCCCACCCACAUUAAAGAGAAAGAGGAGGACCCAAAGUCUCCCUUUGUUAAAGAGGAAGAGGAAGAACUCUCGAUCACUCAGGAGGGAGAGCGUCUUCUAGUGCCAGAGGAGGCUGAGCGCCUGAGGAGGUUGCCACUGACUGGUGUCUCUGUGAAGACGGAAGACCAUGAGGUCAAACCACCUGAGUCCUCACAGCUUCAUCACAGUCCAAGUGAGGAGACGAGAGAGAUGGAGCCUUCAAGCAGCAGAUCACCGCAACACUUGACAACAGAAGCUGAUGGAGACCACUGUGGAGGAUCACAAGCAGACAACCUCUUAGCUCUACUAUCAGAUAGUGACGACACAACGUCGCACUCUCCUGAAGAUGAAGACAACAAUCUUUCAACCACGAUACAGACUGUGAAGGUGAUAAGAUGACUCAUACUGACAACAAACACUCUGAGUGCUCUAAAAAGAAGACUGGUAAAAAACAUUUUAACUGCUCAGGUUGUGAUAAAAGAUUUUCUUGUAAGGGGAAUUUGACUCAACACAAGCGAACACACACACAAGAGAAGCGUUUUAGUUGCUCAGAUUGUUGUAAGAGCUUUACUCAAAAGACACAUAUGGUAGUACACUUGAAAACGCACACUGGAGAAAAACCUUUUACUUGCUCAAGCUGUUCUAAAACUUUCACACGAAAGGAAACGUUGGUAUCACAUAUGAGAAUACACACAGGAGAAAAAUGUUUUAGUUGCUCAAACUGUGGUAAAAGCUUCUCUCAGAAAAUACAAAUGACAUUACACAUGAGGAAACAUACAGGAGAAAAACCUUUUAGUUGCUCAGACUGUGGUAAACGCUUCACUCACAAAGCAAAUAUGGUAUCACACAUGAGAACGCACACUGGAGAAAAACCUUUUAGUUGCUCAGACUGCGGUAAAAGCUUUGCUCGCAAAGAAGCUCUGGUAUCACACAUGAGAAUACACACAGGAGAAAAACGUUUUAGUUGCUCAGACUGUGGUAAAAGCUUCACUCAAAAGGCACAUAUGGUAUCACACAUGAAUACACACACAGGAGAAAAACCUUUUACUUGCUCAAACUGUUCUAAAAGUUUCACACGAAAGGGAACUUUGGUAUCACAUAUGAGAAUACACACAGGAGAAAAACCUUUUAUUUGCUCAGACUGUGGUAAAAGCUUCUCUCACAAAAUGCGUCUGGUAUUACACAAGAGAACACACGCAGGAGAAAAACCUUUUACUUGCUCAAACUGUUUUAAAAGUUUCACACAAAAGGGAACUUUGUUGUCACACAUGACAACACACACACAGGGGGAAAACCUUUUACUUGUUCGGAGUGUGGUAAAAGCUUCCCUUGCAAAGUAUGUAUUGGAAGAAAAACAUUUUAGUUGCUGAAAUUGUGGUGACACAUAAUGUCCUCUUUGAACAGACUCAUGCAGAGUGACUGACGGGCUACGGUAGUUUAUGGCUAAAUGCUGUAACUGAUCAAGACGCUUCAUGUUCGAUUACUUCCACAUUCCGUCUGGAAAGUAGUGAUUUGAUUCCUUUGACUGAAUUGAGGUCGUAUCAGUCACUCAUUGAAAUGAAUCAGGUAUUGAGGUCACUCGGCAAAGAGCGCAUGAUUUGAUUAGAUUUUGGUCAAGUGAUUGCAUGUAAUAAAAAGGAAUCAUUAUUUCGUUAAUAUUGUUACAUUGUCUUAUAUUGUAUUAUACAAUGAUAUGUUCUCAAAUAAGUGUGUUGAUACAAAGAAUUUUUGUUUGCCUAAAAUUUUUGCCAUGUGUUUUAUUCCGAUUAUAAUUAUGAUCAACAAAUUAAAGGCAAAAUAACUAAAUCAUCUAUUUCUGUUGAGAAAUCGGUAUCUGUUUUAUAGGUAUCAAUAUCAGAAAUACAGGCUCUACUGUAUACUGAAUUGGUAUCGGAUUGAUACCAAAAGUUCAGCCCAGCCCUAUCUCUGUCUGUCAGCCCCAAAUGAAAAACUAAACCCCCUAAUAUAUUUUGUC